GCGGCAAUCCGCAGAGCGAACCAGCGCCUCACUGAGCCUCUGACAGUGUGGGCCCGGGAUGCAGGCGUGGUUAUCCGGCACCGGGGCGUCCUCCUCCUCGGCGGCGGCGGCGGCCUCCUCCUCCUCGCCGCAGCCGUCACUGCUCGCGGAAUGGAACUCCUACGCCGCCGCCCGCUCCGCCGAGGAGGACGGCGGCGGCUUCGGGAUCGACAUCGAGGCCGCCGUCCGCUCCGCCAACGACCGCGUCGCGGGAACCUUCGGCGUGGUAUCUAAAGGUGUUCUAGGGUUGCCAGGCAGCUUCAAGUCCACAACAAGCAGUGUUCCAUCGAGCAAAUCACUUCUGUAUUUUGGCCUUUUUCUUGCAAGUGGCACGUUCCUAGUUUUCAUUGCAUUCACAAUAUUUCUGCCAGUCAUGGUAAUCAUGCCUCAAAAAUUUGCCAUCUGUUUCACGGCGGGAUGUGCCUUCAUAAUUGGAUCAUUCUUUGCACUGAAAGGGCCCAAGAAUCAGCUCUAUCAUAUGAUUUCUAAAGAGAGGCUGCCUUUCACUUUGGGAUUUGUGGGCAGCAUGGUUGCUACCAUCUACGUGUCAAUGGUGCUUCAUAGCUACAUACUUUCAGUUUUCUUCUCUUGUCUUCAGGUACUUGCGCUAGCAUAUUAUGCAAUCUCAUACUUCCCUGGUGGAUCUGCUGGAAUGAAGUUUCUAUCAUCUGCACUUGUGUCCUCUGUGCUGAGAUGCUUUGGGCGAUGAGCUGUUGAUCUCAGCCAUCCAUUUUGGCCUGCGUUCAUCAUAACCUUGUGUAGUUCCAUUACAGUUUUGUCUUUUUACUUUUGAUAUAGAGAUAGUGCCUGUCAAGAUGACCCUGGUGCUGGUGUCCACUGAAAUAUGUGUGUAUAUUACUCUCCUGUAAUGGGAAUUCUGUUCCUUGGAUUGAGUUAUGAUUAUCAGUAGAAUGGGAAUUUAGCAAGAGUUAACAGUUUGUGAAUUUUGGAACACUUACCUUGUAAAUUACUACCAAUAUUCUCUUUGGGAUUACCAUGCUACCUUUAAAUUCUAGUAUGCUCAUCUGCCUCCAUAUUAUAUUGAAGUCCAUCCAAAUAUCCAACCCAGCAAUCCAAGUCCCUAACUGUCUAAGAUAUCAGCCAUGAGGCAGAGCCAUGCUUGUUAGAGAUAUGUAGAGCCCACAUCCAUCCAUAUUAAACUUAAACUAGAUUACACAGCACAUCUCACUGGCACACUGGACCACAGUUUCAUGUUCAUGGCAGGGUAUGAAAUACAUGUACACCUUCACCAUCUCAGACCCACCAUCCAACCACCACCACAUGUUCAACCUCUUGUUUUGUAUCUUUGUUACUCCCUCUCUGAU